CUCCCCUGCACAAAAGGAGUACCCAAACUCAAAAUCCAGCUACCAACUAAAUCAAAAUAUAAAUAUUUUCAUUUUAUGUAUUCCUUUUAAAUUUUUUACUUUUUCCAACUUAUUCUUCUACUUCUCCGUCACCACAAACACCCUCACUUUAAAAAAAAAUUAAAAAUACAUUUUCCUAAUUGAGUUAAAAUUCCCAUCAACAAAAAAAUUCCAUUUAUUUGUAUAAAUAUUUUUUUCAAAAAAAAUCCUUAGUUUGAAAAAAUGCCAGCCAAUAAUAAAAAAUCAAAAAAUAAUGAAGCAGAAAAAAAACAGUCAUUAAGAGAUCCAUAUGAAGUGCUUGGUGUUAAUCUGAACGCUACAGAUCAAGAAAUUAAAUCUGCUUAUCGUAAAUUAGCUUUAAAGUACCAUCCCGACAAGAAUGCAAAUGACCCGAAAGCAACUGAUAUGUUUAAUGAGAUAACUUUUUCGUAUAACAUAUUGUCUGAUCCGGAUAAACGUCAGCAAUACGACACUGCUGGUUUUGAGGCGGUUGAAAAUGAAAGCCACGAUUUGGAGCUGGAUCUUUCAAGUUUAAGUGCUAUGAAUACUAUGUUUGCAGCACUUUUCAGCAAACUUGGAAUUCCCAUAAAGACUACUGUAUCUGCCACUGUGUUGGAGGAGGCAUUAAACGGUACAGUUACUAUCCAGCCAAUUGCUUUAGGACAACCUGUUGUUAAAAAGGUUGAGAAGCAAGGUGCUCAUUUCUAUUCUGUUACAAUAACAGAGAAGGAAGCACAGGCUGGAAUAGUUUGCCGAGUGCAAUCAUCAGAUAAGAGCAAGUUCAAGCUUUUGUAUUUCGAUCAGGAAGAAAAUGGUGGAUUAAAUCUCGCCCUACAGGAAGAUAGCGUAAAAACAGGAAAGGUGACAUCUGCUGGAAUGUAUUUUCUUGGUUUUCCGGUCUAUCGAUUGGAGCGAACAUCUACUUCGAUGGCAUCUGCGAAGGAUCCAGAUACUGCUUUCUUCAAAAAACUUGAUGGUUUUCAGCCAUGUGAACUACAUGAAAUAAAGGCUGGCAUGCAUACAUUUGCUGUUUAUGGUGACAAUUUCUUUAAAAGUGUAAGCUACACAAUAGAAGUUGUAUGCACAGCUUCGCUUGUAGAAGAGAAGGAGAGUCUCAGAGAAGUUGAAGCUCAGAUCUUGUCGAAACGGUUGGAGCUUUCUAAGUUUGAAAGUGAAUAUAAACAGGUUCUUGCGCAAUUUACAGAGAUGACUGGCAGAUAUGCUCAAGAAAUGCAAGAGAUUGAUGACCUUCUUAAACAAAGAAACGAGAUACAUGCCUCCUACACAACGACUCUACCAACAAAGAAAAGUACCAGUGGCCGUCGAAGUAAGAGCCGCAGUGUAUCAAAGGAGUCAAAAGAAGAUGGCCACCAAAAGCCAUCACUAAGGGAUCGAGCAAAGAAGAAGAAAUGGUUUAAUAUUCAUGUAAAGGUCGACAAGAGGAAACCUUGCUAAAUCUUUGUGGUAGUUGGUAAGUAGCACCAUCUUCGCCACCUGAUCAUUUGAUGUUUUAAUAUAUCCAUAUAUCUUCUAUGGUUUGAUCAGAAACCAAGGCACACACAAAACGUUGAAGGGAUAAUAAACCUGUUUGACAGAAACAAAAGGUGAGACCAGGCUACACAUGGAAGAAUCUACUGCAUCAGCAUUCAUUGUGUUUGUACAUUUCGCUUCUUUCAAAUAGGAUUGGCUAGGAAUUUAUGCACAAUAUUUUUCUAGAACUGGUGCUCUUGAACGAGUAAUAUGGUUCGUAUGGAGCCCGGAAAACAUAUCUUCAUCUGUAAAUUUUUCCUUAUGUUCUUUUGAAUUCUUAUUCUUCAUUCCAAACAACAUUCUGAUGUAAAUUUUAGUAGUUCAUGAGAAAACACUAUUGUAUGAAUUUAUGACUAGAUAUUUGUUCAAUGAAACGUGUAUUUGCCAGUUUGUAAAA